GAGCAUCCAGAAUGCAAGAUGAGACCUUAACAGGAAAACAGGGAUAGGUAGUUUAGCGUCGCUGUUUUUUUGAACAUGAAGCCAUUCAAUCUCUAUUGCACUCUUACCUGCCAGACACCCUUGUUCUAACCGUGCUGUGGGUGUAGAAGCUUGUGGCAUGACAGAGGGUAAGUGACUUGCCCGCUUUUGCCAGGAGUUAAGUGAUCUCAGCUCGGACUGGUAACUACAGCUCUGAACCAUGCUCAAGCCCCGAGCCCUUGCUGUAUGGAGAAGGUUACAGUUAGACACAGAAGACAAAGACUGCCAAGAAAGAUAAAUGAGCUGUAGCUCAGACACAGCAAAUGCUCGGAAACUAAGACCAGGGGACCACUGUGAGACCACCAGCUUCCCAUUUCCAUGCCUGGCCCUCUGCGUGGAGAUGCCCUCGAGCGCCCAAUUCAGGCUGUCUGUGAAGGGUUUCUUCCUUUACUUCCCCACUCGGCCCUGAGAUGCCUACGCGCUUUCGAUAAUCAUUAAUUGAAAAAAACGAUGACCGUGGCACUGUGCUUAUCUUCUCUAGGGAAUUGGCUCAAGUUGGCUCCAGAUGUUGUCCCAGGGAGCUGCUGAACUUUUGCCUCCCGAGAGCCUCACGGGGUCACUGCUCAGCUUGCACGACUUGGCAGAUAGGAGGAGCGAUUUAUCUCUCCAGUGCAAUAGGUGGUGGGGUGUCGCUCGGGGCACACUCUGAGGACAAAGACGUGCGGCCAGGGACUGUCAGUUGUAGCUGGGUGCCUACACGUGUAGCAGGGUUCACGGACCUUCACGCUAUCGCCUUUCCGAGCCUGGCCUGUGCUCUCCUUCCCUGGACCAGCCGGCCAAUCUUCGCUAGUUUGUGUCCAGGUGAUGUCCAGACUGCAGCAUCCUGGAGCAGAAUGAAAGACGCUGCGUUGCAACUUCAAAAGUAGGGUUGCAGUAGACCCUGAGUGAAGCAGAGUGGACUCCAGCCUACACGAAUGAGCUUGAAGCAGGAGCGGUUUUGGGUUCAGGCCUCUUACCCUGAGUUUCUCGACGACAGCCACCCCGUCUACUCAAGCAAAAUCUUCAAGAAAAGGUCCCCGGGGAAGGGAGUGGCUGCUUGUGGCUUCUCACUGGGAUGAAGGCCAGUGGUACAGUUUUCCAAAGAAAAUAGACCAAAACUUUCUUCUUGAGAAGAAACCAACCUGCUGUUGGCAAAGGGUAUUUCUCACCUCUCUGUGAAAAGAAGACAGACAACACCAGAGCCUGGGCGCCCCAGCUGCUGAGGGAAGUUUCCACGGUGAAGUCCUGAGGAGGCUUCCUGGGAGCCGAGCAUAGUGAAUGCUAAUCCGGAGCUGCUACUGCCGGCCUAGCGAACCCACGGGGAGAUGAUUCCUCAUGAAGGGCCUGGAUCCCCUACAGAAAUCCAAUGUGACUCUCUGUUUAUCAGACUAAAAUCAGAGCCAGCCAGACAGUGAAACAGCCACCGUGGAGGGGGGACGGCGAAAAAUGAAAUCCAACCAAGAGCGGAGCAAUGAAUGCCUGCCUCCCAAGAAACGUGAGAUCCCCGCCACCAGCCGGCCCUCUGAGGAGAAGGCCACUACUCUGCCCAGCGACAACCACUGCGUGGAGGGUGUGGCAUGGCUCCCCAGCACCCCUGGCAGCCGGGGCCACGGGGGCGGGCGGCAUGGGCCGGCAGGGACUUCCGGGGAGCUGGGUUUACAAGGAAUGGGUUUACAUAAAGCAUUGUCCACAGGGCUGGACUACUCUCCGCCCAGCGCCCCCAGGUCGGUCCCCGCAGCCACCACGCUGCCCACGGCGUACCCUCCUCCUCAGUCAGGGACGCCGGUGUCUCCCGUGCAGUAUGCCCACCUUUCACACACCUUCCAGUUCAUCGGGUCCUCCCAGUACAGUGGACCCUACGCUGGCUUUAUCCCUUCCCAGCUGAUCUCCCCAUCAGGCAACCCGGUCACCAGUGCGGUGGCCUCAGCUGCAGGGGCCACCACUCCAUCACAGCGCUCCCAACUGGAGGCCUAUUCCACCCUGCUGGCCAACAUGGGCAGUCUGAACCAGGCACCGGGGCAUAAGGUUGAGCCCCCAGCGCAGCAGCACCUCAGCAGGGCUGCGGGCCUCGUCACCCCGGGCUCCCCUCCACCCACCCAGCAGAGCCAGUACAUUCACAUUUCCAGCUCUCCACAGAGCUCCGGGCGGGCAGCAUCUCCUCCACCCAUCCCGGUCCACCUCCAUCCCCAUCAGACGAUGAUCCCGCACACGCUCACCCUGGGGCCCUCAUCCCAGGUGGUCGUGCAGUACAGCGACGCCGGAGGCCACUUCGUUCCUCGAGAGUCCACCAAAAAAGCAGAAAGCAGCCGCUUACAGCAGGCUAUGCAGGCCAAGGAGGUCCUGAACGGGGAGAUGGAGAAGAGCCGGAGGUACGGGGCACCGCCCUCUGUGGAGCUGAGCCUGGGGAAGGCGAGCAGCAAGUCAGUGCCUCAUCCUUAUGAGUCCAGGCAUGUGGUGGUCCACCCAAGCCCAGCAGACUACAGCAGCCGUGACACCCCUGGGGUCCGUGGAUCUGUGAUGGUCCUGCCGAACAGCAGCACCCCCUCGGCCGACCUGGAGGCACAGCAGGGCACCCACCGAGAGGCCUCCCCAUCAACCCUCAAUGACAAGAGCGGCCUGCACCUAGGGAAGCCGGGCCACAGGUCCUACGCGCUGUCCCCCCACACGGUCAUUCAGACCACACACAGCGCAUCAGAGCCCCUCCCGGUGGGUCUACCAGCCACAGCCUUCUACGCUGGGACUCAGCCUCCCGUCAUCGGCUACCUGAGCGGCCAGCAGCAAGCAAUCACCUAUGCUGGCAGUCUGCCCCAGCACCUGGUGAUCCCAGGCACCCAGCCUCUGCUCAUCCCCGUGGGCAGCCCUGACAUGGACACCCCUGGGGCAGCCUCGGCCAUCGUCACAUCAUCACCCCAGUUCGCUGCAGUGCCUCACACGUUUGUCACCACCGCCCUGCCCAAGAGCGAGAACUUCAACCCCGAGGCCCUGGUCACCCAGGCCGCCUACCCAGCCAUGGUGCAGGCCCAGAUCCACCUGCCGGUGGUUCAGUCAGUGGCGUCCCCUGCCGCGGCGCCACCCACGCUGCCGCCAUAUUUCAUGAAAGGCUCCAUCAUCCAGCUGGCCAACGGGGAGCUGAAGAAGGUGGAGGACCUGAAGACGGAGGACUUCAUCCAGAGUGCAGAGAUUAGCAGCGACCUCAAGAUCGACUCCAGCACGGUGGAGAGGAUCGAGGAGAGCCACAGCCCCGGUGUGGCCGUGAUACAGUUUGCUGUUGGAGAACACCGGGCCCAGGUCAGUGUCGAAGUUUUGGUAGAGUAUCCUUUUUUUGUGUUUGGACAGGGCUGGUCAUCCUGCUGUCCUGAGCGAACCAGCCAGCUCUUUGAUCUGCCGUGUUCCAAACUCUCCGUCGGGGACGUCUGCAUUUCACUCACCCUCAAGAACCUGAAGAAUGGCUCUGUUAAAAAGGGCCAGCCCGUGGACCCUGCCAGCGUCUUGCUGAAGCACGCAAAGACCGACAGCCUGGCUGGCAGCAGACACAGAUACGCUGAGCAGGAAAACGGGAUCAACCAGGGAGGCGCGCAGGUGCUCUCUGAGAACGGCGAACUGAAGUUUCCAGAAAAAUUAGGAUUGCCUGCAGCACCCUUCCUCACCAAAAUAGAACCGAGCAAGCCCGCAGCCACAAGGAAGAGGAGGUGGUCGGCACCGGAGACCCGCAAACUGGAGAAGUCGGAGGAUGAGCCUCCUUUGACUCUUCCCAAGCCUUCGCUCAUUCCUCAGGAGGUUAAGAUCUGCAUCGAAGGCCGAUCUAACGUGGGCAAGUAGAGACCGUGCGGGCAGCCGAGGCCCGGGCCUCUUCUGCUGUCUGUAUCCAGAUUACUGUACUGUAGGCUAAAUAACACAGUAUUUACAUGUUAUUCUCUUUAGGUUUGUGUUCUAACCUUGUCAUUAGAGUCAAACAGGUGUGUCGCAGGAGACUGGUGCGUUGGCAUUGUCUGCGCGUGUCUGUUGAGACGGCAGGUAGAGGGUGGUCAGAACCGUGGCCCUGGAGCUCCAGCGCAUCCCGGGCGGCCCUGGAUGUGGCUUCAUGAGCGCCUGCCUUCCCCAGCAGCACAGAGCUGAGGGGCAUCAGUUCUCACUGGUUUCCAGAGCAAAGUCAGUGGGAAGCGACCUGCAAGGGUGUCUGGGUGCGUUCCUGUGAAGGGGUGCAUGGGUGCCAUGGUGGUGAAUGAGGGUCUCUCUUUUUCUCAGCCUCCCCUCUCCGUUCGCUUGCUCAUUCUCAGCAUGAGACUGGGGGACCUGGGUUUCCCACAAGCAAAGUCAUCCUCAGGAGGCCCAGCUUCCGGGCAUUGAGGGGAGGCAUCAGACAGCAGAUGGGAAAGCUAGUUUCGAAGAACAUGGUUCUCUCCAACAUAUUUUACAAUAAAAAGCAACUUUUAAUCAUAGAUAUAUAGAGAUAUAUAUGUAUAUUUCCCCCAUGGGGCCUGACUGCACUGAGUUUUUAUUUUUAUUUUUAAGAACAGCUGCCACGUGCAGGAUUUCAUUUCUGCUCUACCAGGCCGGUGACAUCAUCACCAGGUGUCACGGCGGGCAGGGAAGUCCUUGCUCAGGUCCCUCCUGGUCAGGCGGGUGGCAGUGGGGCUGGGGGACAGAGGGAGCACCCACACUGGUCUCUGCGCAGUGUUAGGGAAAAAAAAAACCGAUCAGGUUGUUUGCAUUGCCUUGGGCUCCCAAGAGGGAAAUGCAAGCUCCCCUCCCGAGAGAGCCAGGGCAGCUCUCGGGGCUGAGCUGGCAGCAUCCUUUCUUUUAGGGUCUAGUACUGUUUCUAGUUCAUAACUAUGAACAACUCGGGUGCCGCUGUUUUUUUUCCCCCCUCAAUCCCAGUGUGACAUGAGGAGUUAGAUAUGGAAGGUAUACAUCUGUUACUAUCUCUUAAGCAGUUAAAAAUGCUGCACAGACUUCUUAACCGAGCAUCUUGGUCUGUCCUUCAAUGAGUACUGUAUCUCACUUCAAACUCUUUGGGAAGAAAAGACAAACCUAAGUUGCUUUCGAUUUUUUUUUUUUUUUCCAACACUGUAACUAUAUUUCAGCUCUGCAAGACUGCUCACAAGCCAGCAGUCGAAAGCUCCCAUCUGGCUUAAAGGGAUGAAUGUGAACUGCAAACUAGCACGUGACGAUAGAUGACCACCAAGUACUGCCCACGGCAGGCACUUGUCACUUUGAUGUUGGAGAAAGUUAAAAGGCGUAUGCAGAGUUGGCAGAGAAACCGAGGAAAGACACGGAGGAAAAGACACACUCGUUUUUGUCCAGUGUUUUUAGGGUGAACUCCUAAAGAACUUUGCGAUUUGCACAUCUUGAGUUUAUAAUUUGUGUGGUAUUCCUGCAGUUUUUAUCCAAUAACAUUGUGGGAAAGGUUUUGGGGGUGGGGGUAAGGGUUGAACAAGCAUAAAUAAAUGUAGCAAAAAUUACUUUCUAACCUGCCUACACCCUAGGCCCUUCUUAGAAGGCUCUGUUCCUUGAGACUUCAUUUUUGUCAUCUGCCAUACCCAUCAUGAGAAGCCAGAUCUGAGAGUUUUCUUCAGACUCAUUGAGAGUUUUCCAUAGAGACAUUUUAUAUAUGUGAGCGAGUAUUUUCAUUUCUAGAGAAAUAAGUGUUAAUGUUAUUUUUCACAAUGACUUUUUUUUUCCUAUUUGAAAUCAAACAAAGAUCUAACGUUUGGUACAAAAACCCAGAAAGGAUAUUUCAUAAAGUCACAAGUUUUCAUUCCCAGAGAUGAAAAAUAUCAUUUGUGGGUUCUGAGUACGUCUUAAAGUGCUUUAAACCAAGUUUUAUAAAUAGGGAGACGUUUUUAAACAUUCUUACUUGGCUGGCUGCAACUAACCUAAAUAAGUUCUUAUUUGACUUUUAACCAUUAAAAAAAAUAAAAAUAAAAAAAAGCCUUCUCAAAUUAGGAAAGAGAGACCUCCCUAAGCAACCCCCUGCUGGCUAAACAGGCUGCCCUCAUAGUGGCUCUCAUUGGGACUGAUGAUUUUUUUUUUAACAGACCAUUUUCUGGGGUGUACCAAAAAUAUCUGAGUAGGUUUCGAGUAGCUGGCCUCUCCCUAAACUCCAUUACCCUCUCGGCACGCUAGCAGGUCAGAGUGGGCUCAUUCUUACAGUCACAUCGUUCUUUUAGUGCUGUGAUUUUUUUUUUUUUUAACGUUUCUGUUCAGAGACCUUGCUUAAUCUUCCACAUAUUCUGCUCAGGGUACUGGCACUUCUAGGUUUCUGUUUUUCUUUUUGUUUGUUUGUUUGUUUUUUCACCUUGGACGGUGAGAGGAAAUAAGGGGCUGCCUCAGAGGUGCCGUGCGGUGGUACUCACGACAGCUGCUGUGGGCUCAGAAAACACACACUGCUUUCUGGCUGAGCUCGAGGAUGGAACUGACUGUGCCCGCUAAACUGACACUAAAGCAGGGAAACACACGGUUCAGAGCAAUAGGAAUAUCCUUCACUUCUGUGGUUCUAUUUCAGGUAUAGGAAUUAUAAAAAAAACCAUUGGUUCUUCUGAAGCUUUUGUCUCAUAUCAUCCUCUCGCUCUCUUAGCAUGUGCAAUACUUUGUGUGCCAAUAGCGUGCUUUCUGGUUAAAGUUCAUUACCAUUUGGCCCUUCCCUCGUUCUGUGGGUCAACCUUCCUUCCCUUCACUGGCCAAAGACAGGCUCAAGGGAAGGAACCACUUUCCCCUUAAUGUGGAUAAGAAUACCGGGGUAGGGGGCCUGUGUGUCUGUCACCAGGACAAGGAGACCUGAGGGAAGCGCCUGGAAGGCCCACCACUGUACUCGGCAAAGGCCCUCCUCUCUGUAGCGAACCUGGAAUGCAGCAAGGAGGCAGGCUGGUUCAUAGGACACACUCCGGAGCAAUGUGGGCCGAAGUCCACCCACUUUCCAGUCUCUCCUGUGUCCUUGAGACUUUGACCUCUGCCUUUGAGCACAAGCAACUUAUGGCAUAUGUGUGUGUGUGUGUGCUGGGCACACCUACAUGGCUUUGCAGGGGACCACCCAGCAACCACAGUCACCAUUCCCUUGCAGCAGCUCUCUCUUCACAUAGGAAGAGCGCGCAGGGGUGGGAACCACCUCUUAUUUGCAGGCUCCCAGAGCAGUGUGUUCAUCUUUCUGUGUAGGGAGCACGGUGAUGGCAGUGCCCUCGGCUUACAAGGGUCAGCCAUGGGCCUCCCUCUGUACCUUUGCAAUAUUUAUCAACAGCCGUCUUUCAUUCUGCUCUUUCCUGCUUUCAAUUUUUUUAAAACAAAUAACAGCAGGCCUUUUGUGUUUACAAUGGAACACGAUCACCAAGAAAUUAGUCAGGGCAAAAAGAAAACAUAGUAAUAUUGCUAAUAAGAAACCAACAAACAAGAACCUCUUUAUAGGAAUUUCUAAAUACAUAAAAUGACUGUUCCUUCGAAUGUUUAACUUUAGAAUUAUUUCAGUUUGUCUGGGCCACCUUGGGGUCAGCGGGAGGGGAUAGGGAUUGUGGGAGAGAAGGCCAAGGAUGCCACUUACCUCAAAUCUUUUUAAAAGUGGGAAUCCCAAUUGCAUUCUUUUCCCCCCUUUGGACUUGCAGGAUAAUCGUCUGUUGUUGGUCACAUUUUGCUUUUCUCAAUUCAUCCGACUCAUUUUGGAUGGCCUGGUUUUUGUGGUGGUGGCAACAGAAUGUCCUUAACUCUGAAUCUUGACCUUGUAUGUUUUCUGUUAGGGUGAGCUUGUUGGGUCCCUCUUCCUCUCCCCUCCCCCCCCCACCAGGAAGUGGCAGCAUCCUUCCUUUCUCCCCUGCAAGGAACUCUGCAGAACCUUUCACACUUCUUACUCAGGGAUGGGGCUGGUGUGUGUGUGUGGAACACGGACGUGUUCAGCAACAGCACUUUGGACUGCUCUGGAGUAGGGUUGUACAAUUUCAAGGAAUGUUUGGAUUUCCCCCGCAUCGUGUGGAUUGCUCCUUAGCUACUGCGCAGAUUGCAAUAUAAGGCUGCACGCUCGAGACAAGUGGCAGCCACUGGCGAUCAGAAAAUCCACUCUUUGCACACAGUUUGAUCUUUACUGAAAUGUUGCCAAAAUCUGUUUUUGUUGUAGCUUCGGAUUUUUUUUUUCUCUCUCUCUUUUUAAGGAAACAAUUGACAAUACCCUUUAACAUCCGUGACUACUAAGGAAACCUAUUUUGUAAACGCUUUCGAAGACACUAACACCUAUUUCAGACAUGGUUGAGGAGGCAGAGCUCUUGGGAUAGAAAGCCAGACUUUUUGAGCUGAGUUGGUUGGCAUGGCAACUGUCUCCUGAACAAGCGAGCAGCUCAACAAACUGGUCUGCCCUCUCCUGAAACCCUCUGCAACCUCCAGCUUCCUAGUUAGCCCCCUUUGACUCCAGGGGAACACAGGGCCUCUACUCUGUAGGACCCAAUCCAGUGUCUUUGAUGGUUGAAAUGAAAGGCAAGAGAAUUAGACUUGGUUAUUUUAAAAAAUGGAGUGAAGGCCUUGGCUUCCACAGCUGUGUUUUGAAUUUCUGAACUAGAGAUUUUAAGGAAAAAUGGAGUAAUAGAGAAUCUACUUUUUUAUGAAGCACAUGCAUAUGACCGGUUGUGUUGGGUUGGUUUCCUCCCUUUUCCAUGGACAGUGUUGUAUUUUUGUUCCUAAGGCAACUCCAAACAGUUUGCACAUUCUCUACUCUGGAGCUGAGAUUUCUUUUACAUAGAUGACCUCGCUUCAAAUGUUACCUUACUGAUAGGCUUUUUUUUUUUCUUGUAGCACUAUACCUUGUGGGAAGUUUUUUGUUUUGUUUUCUUUAAAGUAAGUACACCCAAUUUGAGCAGCCAAAGCUGGGGGGGGGGGUUGUAAGGGAGAUUUUUUUUUUUUUUUGAGGCACUCACUUUGGGGAGUACAGAUAAUUUUUUUAAAAAAUUGCACAAAAGAAAAAAUGAAUGUUGAAAUGAUUCAUUCAGUGUUUGAAAGAGACAGAUCUGUUGAAACCAUGAGUUUCAUAUUUUGUGUGUAUAAAAAAAAUGAAAAACAAAAAACAAAGCAGAGGAGGGUUGGAAGUUACAUGUUUGGGGGUUUUAUUUUUCCUGUAUAUAGAAAUUUGUUGUCUUGAUGAUCAAAUUUGUAUGGUUAUGGCCUGGAGGAAUUACGAUGUCAGAGGCUCUUCAGCUAUCCUACACCUAUGCUUACUGUUUUGUUUUCGUUACACGUGGCUCUUGUGUGAAGGAUGGGAAACUCUGUAUUCCGAUAUUUUGAGAAUACUGUCCAUUCCUAGGCCGGAAGUACUUCCUUAAGUUCCCUUCUUAAGCCAUUGCAACUUCAUUUCUUUGGAUGAUGUCUGACAUUUUCAGCACUUCCUGUUCCUAUAAACCCAAAGAAUAUAAUCCUGAACAUGAAGUGUUUCUAAGAGGGAUCCUCUCCUUCCCAGUAAGACAGGACUCAUGGUGGGGACAAAAAGGUGAGCCUUUCUUCUGCCUCCCACCCCACACCUCAUUGACAUGGGGGGGAAACAUCUCAAUUUGAAUGCCUGGCUUUCAUUUUGAUGUUUCUCAAGUAGAGGCCAGACACAACUGAGCCGCUUCUCAUAUUCCCAUUGGACAGUGGAGCGGGGUGGCACAAACAGCUUAGGGGCAGUAACAGAUCCUGGCCCCGAUUCUUACAUUUGGGUUCACGUCCCCUCCCUUGCUAUGCAAGUUCUUGUAGCUGACAUUCACCCUGACAAAGGCGGAAGGGGGGCAGAGGCUUCAGCUUUUCACAUCCCGACACUUGCAUACAGGAGCUCCACCUGAAUUCACAUUAAGUGUGUUUGGCCAAUAGGAACCAUCUACACCACAGAGGUCUCUAAGAACUUCCCUAACACUUUUUCUCUGAAAGGACUCAAGUCUUCCACUACAGACCACUUGGAGACUCUAUCCACUCACGCUUUCUUGUUCCUUUACUGUCUGGAUGGCCAAGCUGAAGGGCUGUGUGCAAAGCACUGUUUACAGUAACCCUUACCAAGAUAGCAUACUGUCCCCCAGACUCCCCAGCUGAGGUGACACCGGCUUAGAACUUGUGAAACAUCAGUUACCGAGAAGGUUGGUGCAUAGGUUUUCUCCAGUUCUUACAUAAGCCACCUGCUCUGAAGUUAUUCCCUAGUCCAAGAGCGGGAUGAUCCUUUAAGUCGGUGGGGUGUAACAUUGACAACCCACCAGAGCCCCAUUCUGUGACUACUGUCCCCUCCCCAACCCACACCGCAUAAUGCCAGGUAGCAUCAACUGAAAGGGGGUUGCAGCAGAGUCCUGUCAGUAUUUGUGGUGGCCUUUCAAGAAGACAGUCUGCAUCUCCAACCAGUGGAGUCUUGGCCCUAAAGAACCUGAAAGCUGAACCAGAGAAGGUUUGGAUAUCAGGUUCCCAAACCCUCCCAUCUCCAUUCAUACGCCUCCCACAGGCCAAGGGGAAACAGACACCAAAACUUGGGCUGAGGGUACUACCAUGUGGAGAACUAGGGAAAAAAAAACAAAAAAAAAAAAACGUUUUUUGCACCUUAUUGAAAAGAAACUUUUAAGUGCAUACAUAGUUAAGAGCUUUUAUUGUGACAGGAGAACUUUUCCAUAUGCGUGCAUACUCUCUGUAAUUCCAGUGUAAAAUGUUGUACUUGCACUAGCUUUUUUAAAAACAAAUAUUAAAAAAAAAAUGGAAGAAUUCAUAUUCUAUUUUCUAAUCGUGGUGUGUCUAUUUGUAGGAUACACUCGAGUCUGUUUAUUGAAUUUUAUGGUCCCUUUCUUUGAUGGUGCUUGCAGGUUUUCUAGGUAGAAAUUAUUUCAUUAUUAUAAUAAAACAAUGUUUGAUUCAAAAUUUGAACAAAAUUGUUUUAAAUAAAUUGUCUGUAUACCAGUACAAGUUUAUUGUAUAAUACUCGUACUAAUAAUAAAAUAACAGUGCCAAUUGCAAA